AUGUUUCUUCUCCAUAUAUUAAAUCAUCUCAAUCCUGAUGAAAAUGACUGGCUUAAAAUAAAUGAGUUGAUUGAUGUUUUAUCACCAUUUUAUUCAGCAACAUUACUGUUUUCAUCAUCCAAUUAUUCUACAAUUGGAGAAUUUCAUUUUACACUGUGGACACUAGUGAAAAACCUACAUAAACAGAUAAAAGUUAGCAAUGCACAAUAUAUAGUAGCAAACUCAAUUUUAUAUAAAUUAGAACAAUAUUUCAAAUUACCUGAUGAAGCAAAAAUGAUAGCAUCAUUAUUGGAUCCCUAUACCAAAUGCUCAACUUUUACAACUGAUGAAAUUACAAGAACAGUAACUGCAAUAAAAUGUAAAUUAAUUCAUUACAACUCAAGUUUUAACAUUAAUAACAAUAAUACAUCAACUAUCACCACCAAUAACCAAACAUCACCAUCACAAACAAUUAAAAAUAGAAUUGAUGCAUGUGCACAUAUAAGAAGCUUAGCUAGUUCAGGAGCUAAGGUUUCGGGAGAAAUACAACUAUUUUUCCCAAUCCCAAAUCUGAAACUAACUUCGCCAAAUAUUAAAAUUUCCGAAAUAUCCGAAGCCAUGUAA